GGCCUGUAAUCUGCCAUGGGCCGUCACGCUGCUGCUGGGUCCACAGUGUGACAUGGGUCCCUGUACCGCCUCUCAUUGCUCGAACUCUGCCAUGUGCCACUCAGGUCUCCUCACACUCCUGCUGGUGCUGCCAGGCCCCAAAUUUGCCAUGGGCCCCCGUACCGCCUCGUCACGCUGCUGCUGGGUCCACAGUGUGACAUGGGUCCCUGUACCGCCUCCCAUUGCUCCCACUCUGCCAUGUGCCACUUUGAGGUUUCCUCACACUCCUGCUGGUUUCCAUUUUGUCAUAGGUUGCUGUAUGGCCUCCCAUUGCUGCUGCCUCCACCGCCACACUGUGGCUCCAAACACUGGUUUUGGCCCCGUGACUGGCCAAAUGAGUGAAGUGUGCGUUGAUUCUAAGAUCGACGGCACUCAUCUGCAUGUCAUACUGACUGACAGUAUUAUUUCUCUUCCCCAGCAGACUCCAAGGGCAUUUAAAUUAAAGGUACAGUGUUCUGCACUAAUAUUA